AUGUGGAAGGACGAGCAGUUCGGUCUGGCGUACCUCGCCGCGCUCAACCACAUGGGGGGCCAGGCGCGAGGCUCCUCCUUCAUCCAUAGCAACACGCCGCCGGAGUCCCGCACCUUCUCGGUGCGCGGCAUUGUCUUCAUUCACCUCUACUGCAUCGUCUCCGUUGUUGCCGUCAUGAACUUUUGCUUGGCCCUCAACCACUUCAUGGCGUUGCCGGCCGUAGACACCUUGGCCCGUGCCGGCAAUGAAUUCCUGCCUUUCCUGUGGCUGCACAUCGUCCUGCUCAUCCAUUCUGCAGUCGUCAAGACGCCGAAGACACAACCCUUCCACGCAGUGCUCAUGGCCAUGCGGUGUGUUACCGUCGUGAUCAUGGUCAUGGCUGUGGCAACGUUCGUGGCAGGUCUCAUGCACCCGCCGCCGCCCCCGCUGGACUCAGUGGACCCCCCGCGGCUACGUGCUCCCUGGCGCCGCUGGGAGGGGGGCGACAGUCCGGAGCUUCAUGACCUGAUGUACCCAUGGUGA